CACGGCAUGUUUAUUUAAACGUUUAUGACGAUAUUUGGUUGGAAUCUCACCAAUUUUAGUUUCAAGGCGGUGGUUAAGUGGCAGAUUGGUUGGUGAUUUCUGAGGUUGGUGCAGGCCUGCAAACCCAUUCUGAGAUAUUCUGGAAUUUUCUGCCAAAGGAAGGGUGAACCUAACCAGGCUAAACAAUGGCAGCUCAACCAUUGCCAAUGGGAGGCAGCAGGUCUAUCAAAAAAUCAUUCCUUAAUGGCAAUGUGAGGCUGCAGCCAGGUCAAAAACCUGUGAGGGUUUCCCUAAUUUCACAUAGAAAUGAUGUGAUUAAUGCCAGAUUUGCUACGGAGGAAAUUACAUCUAAGCCAAGGAAACCCAGUGAAAAAUCUGUGUAUCUGUCACCGAUUCCACAAACAAAUGAUUUAGCAAAAGCUGGAUUGGUUAAAGAAGCCAUGACAUCUGAGCCAAGAAAGGAGCUACAGAAGGAUGCGAAAUUGGGUUCUGCUUCGAUCUUUGCAGACGGUCUAUGUAGUGAGGAGCAAACUGGUGUUGCUGUUACUGCGGACAAGCUUCAUCAAUGGAUGACAGAAUCUGUUAUGGAGAUAGUGAGACACAUUCGUGAAGCCCCUUUUCUGUACUACAUAUUUGAGAGAAAUGUCCCUUCAACAACACCAAAGACGCAGAGAGUACCUCAAGAUGUGCUGGAAGAGGCAGAGGGCUGGCCAAAUCUUCGAAAUCUGCUGAGAAAUAUUUUGCCUGACGGAGUAAUUCUGGUUAAAAGGUUGGAUGAGUAUUCUAAUGCCAACGAAUACUUGACUGCUUCUGAAAGUGGAUCUGGCAAUGAAAUGCAGGGUUUUGAUGAGGCAGGCUGCACAAACAUUUGGGGUUUACUAAUUCAGGGCAGAGGUGUUGGAUUGAAUGCAUGUUACAUUCUAAAGACUACAGAAAUCAUGUCAACACAUGGGUAUUGUACACAAUUCUGCCUCAAGAAAGCAAAAUGCUUCGGGGCAUCUCCACGUAACCAACUCACUCAAUCAUGGCUACUAUAGUCUGAAGUUCGCCGUUGCUCAGUACCCAUCAGCGAUUCAUUCAGAAAAUGUACAUGCAAUUUUUUCUCAUGAUGAAUUCAUCAUUCUUCUCAUAUUAUUUUGCUCCA